GCGGUGGUGGCAGGCCUGGCCCCGGGCCAGCUGGCCGGGAGCCCCAGGAGGAGAGGGGGCGGAGGAAGGGGAGGAAGAGGGUAAGGAGGAGGAGGAGGAGGAGAGGAGCAGUCAGCAGGCCCGAGGAGGCAGGACUUCCUGGUGUGGGGGUUGUCAACAGCCCAGAGAGAGAAAGACAGACAGAACCGAGAGGAGCUGAGGAGCGGAGAGGGACCCAGCGGGGCCACCACGCGGGAGGAGACUUGGGAGACCCACUCGGCCGGACCACCGAGGCGGCUCCACCUGGAGGAGCGGGGGGCUGAGCCGCCCCCUCUCGCAUCGCUCCGGAGACCCUUGGGGCUUCAGAGGCCGCGCCUGGGCUCCACCAAGGAGGCGGGGGUUCCUUCUUCUCCGGAGGGCAAACUUUCCACGGAGAUGCCUUGCGGGGCGAGGUGCGGCCCCCGACGAGGACCAGCCAACCUCUGAUCGCCACCUGCGCCUCCCGCGCUGCCGGGGCCGGGAGGCCCCAGGGAAAGGACAGCCCGACAUCUUAGGCAGCCGGGACCCCCGGCCCCGCUCGGUGGCCGAGGCCGAGAGUUUGCAAACUCAGCUCUGGAGUUCGGCAGCGACAGCAGCAGGAAAAACCUGCCCCUGACUCCCCCCCCCGCCGCCCCCCCUCCCCUGUUCUCCCUUCACCAGCCAGGCACCCCCAGUUCCUACAAGGCCCUCCCGCCAUGUCGGACCCAGAUGUCCCCAGGGGCCCUGAUGUCCCCGCCAUGUGGCCCCCCUGUUCCAGGGGCGCCUGAGCCCCUUCGAAGAGCCACCACCGCCCCCCCUGCCCACCUCGGCCCAGUCCUGAGCCCCAGGGACCAUGAGUGGGGGCAAGAAGAAGAGUAGUUUCCAGAUCACCAGCGUCACCACGGACUACGAGGGCCCUGGGAGCCCCGCGGAUCCAGAUUCCCCUGCCCCGCCGGCCCCCACUGGGCCCCCGCCCCGCGUGCCCAAUGGGGAGCCCAACCCCGAGCCAGGGGGCAAGGGCACCCCCCGGAAUGGCUCCCCGCCGCCUGGGGCCCCCGCCUCCCGUUUCCGGGUGGUGAAGCUGCCCCAGGGCCUGGGAGAGCCUUAUCGCCGAGGCCGUUGGACGUGUGUGGAUGUUUACGAGAGAGACCUGGAGCCCCCUAGUUUUGGCCGGCUCCUGGAGGGAAUUCGAGGGGCCUCAGGGGGUGCUGGGGGCAGAUCUUUGGAUUCCAGGUUGGAGCUGGCCAGCUUGGGCCUGAGCGCCCCUACCCCACAGCCAAGCCUGUCUCAGGGCCUCGCCUCCUGGCUCCGGCCACCUCCCACCUCCCCUGGACCUCAGGCCCGGUCCUUCACUGGGGGGCUGGGCCAGCUGGCGGUGCCCGGCAAGGCCAAGGUGGAGACACCCCCCGUGUCAGCAUCCCCACCCCAGCAGCGCCCCCCAGAGCCUGGGACCGGGGAUAGUGCAGGCCCAUCCCGGGCCGCCACGCCCCUGCCCUCCCUGAGGGUGGAAGUGGAGGCUGGGGGCUCAGCAGCGGUGACCCCUCCACUGUCCCGAACAAAGGAUGGAGCCCUGCAGCUGAGGAUGGAGUUGGUUGCUCCGGAGGAGAUGGGGCAGGUGCCCCCACUUGACUCUCGCCCCGGCUCCCCGGCCCUCUACUUCUUCCCCGAUGCCAGUCUGGUACACAAGUCUCCAGACCCCUUUGGAGCAGCGGCAGCCCAGAGCCUCAGCCUGGCCCGUUCCAUGUUGGCCAUCAGUGGCCACCUGGACAGCGAUGACGACAGUGGCUCCGGAAGCCUGGGUGGCAUUGACAACAAGAUCGAACAAGCCAUGGUUUUCUUCUGGAAAUACAAAGCUAAGACAGCCAUCUUGGCACAUCCUGACUGCAAGAAAAGUGCGCUGAAGGUGGAGAAGACUUCCAAGGUGGUUGAGACUUUCAAGUUGGUUGAGCCCUGCAAAGAGGCGGGCGUCUUCAAGACACAUGAGUGCCCCAUGGUGGCCGAUCCCUGCGUGUUGCCUAAGACAACAGAAGGGGCUGAGGUGAAGGUGGGCCGCAGCCGCCGAUCCCUACUGCAGCUGCCCCAGACGGCCGUCAAGUCUGUCUCCACGCUCAUGGUCUCAGCCCUGCAGUCCGGCUGGCAAAUGUGCAGCUGGAAGUCAUCUGUGAGUUCUACGUCAGUUACUUCCCAAAUAAGAACCAAGUCCCCUUUGGAGUCACCGGAGGCUGAGAUGCUGCGGGAAGUGUACCUGGUGCUGUGGGCCAUUCGGAAAGAACUGCGGCAGCUGGCCAGCAGGCAGGAGAAGCGGAGAAGGCGGCGCUAUGUCCAGGCCCACUCUCACCUCCAACCUGACCCAGUUCUGGGUCUGAGACAGGAUGCCCGGAGUCCCCUCUAGGGGGGAACCCCACAUCCUCAGAACGCCCCCACCUCACUCUCAGGUAGAGGUGAUAGGAGGGGUUAGGGGAGCAGGCUAGGAGUUGUGGGUGAGGAGAAGUUUUCAUCCUGUCACCUCUUAACGGGAGCCCAAGACCAGGCCUGGGGUCCCACUUGCUCCCCUUCAUUCCGUCUUCAAUUUGUGAAAAAUUAUCAAAAUGUUGAGAAACAAAUAUCAAUAUUUCUGAGUAAA